AUGGGAGCAUGGAGACGAAUAAACAUUGAUGAUCGCAUCAUGGUAGACGAAAAUUCACAACCAAUACUGCCAUGGCUCAAGUCUAACGAGUUGUGGCUACCGCUUCUCUGCAAAGCUCUUUUAAAAGUCGCUGCCAUCGACCAUCAUCUGGUUAAGGAGACAUGGAUCCUUUUGAAACCCCUUUUACCGGAAUGGCAGAGGCUUAACAAGGAAAAUAAACUUGAUGCAGCCGAGUCUGAAAGAUCAGUCAAUUCUGCUCCAUUUGUAUUCGUCGGAGGAAAAAAAGCAAAAGACGUGUUGCUUAGUGAAAACACGAGAAGCGUAAUGGAGGCAGACUUCAUGGCCAAUUUGGAGGCAAAAUCACAGAAGGUUCUGCUGCAGUUUCGACGACAGCAGCCUCUCGUUAGUUCAGAAGACCUCCCACCUGUUCCAGCGUGGAAGAAGAUACGUGGACCUCCUAAAAGUUUGAAGCAGGACGAAGAACACGAACCAAUAAGAUCUGUUCUUUUGCGGCUGCUAAGGAAUGAGAACUCUGGGGUAAUCUCUACACAGUGUUGUAUACACGACCUCGCUGACCCAGUCGCAAGUCGUCUUAAUGAGCGGUGUCUGGAAUGGACCGAUGGCUGGUUUGACAUUGAAGAUGUGUGCAAAUUCUUCAACGAACUCCAGAUUUUCUACAACCCUAAAGAUUUGGCAUUUAUCGAAACAUUAACAGUGGUUAAGAAUGCUACGGAGGAGUCUGUGGCGUCUAAAGAGAGUUACCUCUUCGUGGACAGUUUAGACGACAUUGAGGUGAUCAUCGACUUCCACACCACGGUGUGUAGGAACUCGGAUGAGUCCCGUACAAUGGUGAGAAUGGAGCCUACUGAUUGGCUAUCACCAUGCCGCCAGCCACCAAUCACAACGCUGUCUAUGGAGAAUCGCCAAUCGGUGAGCUUAAGAUUACCACGAGGACGCCACUGCUAUCGCAUCAUCCUUGAAACACCAAUGGCUGUUUCCCUAACCCUCUUCACUCCAUGUACCAAUCCUGAAAGAACGAUUUUUGUACUUGGACCAAUGGAAACCUGCAUGCAGGAGGCAGUAAAAGAACCCCUGCAAAACGUCCAUAAUGGAUGUCGAUUUCUUGACAAAUUUUGUGAAAUUGCACGGAGCUUCAUUGAAGCUGCUGAAAAGAUCGAUUCUACAGCAAGCCGCUAUGGAAACGCUAGAGAUUCAUUUUUGAAUUUUUUGGGGAAAAUUUUUACCCCUAAGCCAAUUCGGAUUCUAGAAAAAGUGAUUUACGAAAAUAUAGCAGAGUUGAUUUCAAAACACAAUAGAAAUAAAGACUCGAUAGGAAUUUCAGAUGCAAAGCUUGGUUGGAAAGUCCUGAUCAUCGACCCAAGUGGUGAAUUGAAAUUAAAAGAAGCUAAAGACAGAGUGAUAUCACCAGACAUUCAACGUUCAGUCAAGGGAUUGAGGUACCUUCUAGAUUGUCUCAAUGAGACAACAGAAUCGGAGAAAACAGGUCUCCUUAGAAGCAUUCAAAGCCAACUUGGUUGUCGCCAUUUUUCCGAUGAUGCGAAUUUCUUCACACGGAGAUUGCAAUCCGGCACCAUGUCCUAUGUCUCAUUUAAAUCUGUUGGAUGUAUAUGGUCUGCACCUGCAAAUUACGUUCAAUCAGGCGUCAGGAAGCAGCAUUUAAAUCUACUUUUCCAUCAAAAGAUUAAUAUUUCUGAAGAAUCGGCACGAAUCAGAAUUAAUUUAAAAAGCGAUGAAGGUUUCGCCCGUGUCAUUGUUAUUGAUAACGAUUCAGGAGGAAAAAUUAAAUCGAAGAAAGGCGGUUAUUUAACCCUUGAGGUAAAUAGACUCGGCUAUUCCCUGCUCGCCUACGUCUUAUCGGGGAACGAAGUCAACUCGAACUCGAACUGGCAAUUCACCUACCUUUACGAGGGUUGGAGGGACUUGAAUUUUUCUAAAAUUUAUUCCAAUUUUGCAUUCUGGGAGGCCAAUGGCGUGCUGGAAGUGAAUGAAGAAGGUCUACUCUUUCGGUUCUCAUUGGAUCCUAGUCUGGCAGAGCGAUUCCUAGUUUUUAUUGGCCAGUAG